AUGUCCACAGACGCCAACGCUCACGAUCAUCAUCAGGAAGUAAAAGAACAACCACAACAACCAGUAAACUCACUCUAUGAGAGGGCUAAAAGGAAAUUAAAAUUGGAAACACCAGCCUCUCAAGCUGUAACCUACUCCCAGUUGGAAUUACCAUAUCAUGCUCCUCCAGUCAUUUACAAGAUUGUAUACAAUGAGGAGAGUAGGAGUGCCACAUUAUUUGAAAGAGUUAAUACUUGGAAGGGAUCCAAGGAAGAAUUGAGAGAAAAUGAAAAAGCCUUGUCAAGAAUUAGACAAGAUCAACUCACUUAUCAACAGCAACAGCAAAAACAACAUUCGAAUAUUUCUUCGUCUUCUUCAUCUUCUUCAACUUCCUCAUCAUCGGAUAAAUCCUCUAACAAUGAAUCGAAUACAAUCAUUAAUAUUACUAAUAAUGUUGGAGACUUUUUAGCAUAUCACUUUUUGAAAGGAUGCUAUCCCGAUAUUGAAUGGACAUCAGUCAAUUCGGAUUCUGCUCUUGCUGAUUUAUUUACAAAGGAAAAUUCCAUGUUAAAUAAGAAGGCUAAUUACAUGUGGGCCAUUGAUGCCAAUUUUAAUUUCAUAUUUGCUCCAGAACAUCAAAUGGAUUUUGCAUUGCAAAGAAUUAGAGUUAAGCAUGGAGAUUUGACAGCUACUGGUAAAACUUUGAUUGGAAGUUUGGAUAAUUUGACAGUUGGAAGAUUGCCAGCUCGUGUUGGAGGUGAAUUUAGAUGGGACGAUUCGAAAGGAACAUGGAGAAUUGACAAUGAUUCAUCCUAUUGCUUUUUCAGAGAGGAUGAAUUGGUAAUUUCAAAUACAGCCAAGGUGAAAUGGCAAUUUAUUACUGAACUAUUCCUGAGAUCGGUUGGUGUAAAGACCAAUGAUAUUUUAUGGUUGGAUUUGGUUCAAUCUAGAAAACUGGAUAGUUUUGUGGUUCAAAAAUUAUCCAAAGCCUUUGUAAGAAUGAAGAGAGAUGACGAAAAGCAAGCAGCUAUCAAUGAUAUUGGAUCCAAGUUUUCUCUUGUUAACUUGUUCAAGGGUGUCAAUUUAUUUGAUAUUGUUUUUGAAGCUUUUGGAGCUAAGAGUUAUUUUUGUACAUUAGGUAAAUUGCAUGUUGAGAUUUUGGAGGCUUCUAAUUUGUCCUAUGUGGAUGUAUUCAAAAUUCAACAUGCCUACUCUUACUGCACUGUUGGGCUGAGAGGAUCAGACCUUGUAGAGCAUAGGAAUUGGUGGGAUAGAUAUUAUCAAACCAAAACUGUUAAAAGAAAUCAAAAUCCUCAAUUCCAUGAAUCUUUCGCACUCUAUGUAUCAAGUAUGGAUAUUCAAAUUUUGGACUUGAAGGUUUAUCAUUCCAAACAUCAACUUAUUCCAGUUUUAUUAGGAGAAUGUGAAUUGGAAUUGAGUGAUUUGAACUUUAAAGAUUAUGAUGAACUGGAUUUGUGGUUACCAUUGGUAGUUCCAAAAGGAAUUUUGGAUAUUGCUCGUCCAAGUCCCUCGAGCAAGCACUCUGAUACAGGCAUCAAUGCACUCAACAAUAUCUUCUCGGGUACAAGUCUCGUUCAAGUGGAUUCAAUUUCUCAACAGUCAUCUCCAACCAUUGUAGGUUCAAUGGUUGAUAUUGGAACCAAUCUCAAAAAGGUCACUGGUAUCCAUAAUACUAGUUCAUCAAGAGUUGGAAAUGUUUCUGUCAAGGCUGCCAGUAUGAGCAUGCAAACAUUUACAAUACCAUCCAAAACAGAUCAAAUGAUCCAUGUUAAACUGAGAUGGGAACCACACAGCAAGACAGAUUCUACAAAGAAUAUUCAAGUUGAAAGUACAGCAUCAACAAGUCCAAAGAGUGAACAAUUAUAUACCUAUGAUCAAAUCAUGAAAGAUCAAGAAACUGAUACAACAGUAAAUUAG